UCGCAGGCAUCAUCGAAUCUUAGGUGGUCAUCCAUCGCCGCGGGCCGACCAAACCCAUGCUUUCCAAGAGGAGGAUGACCCGAGCCAGCCUGUCCUCGGAGUACACGGACUUCUCUCCAUGCUACCAUGAAGGUGGCAAGUUCGCAGCAGUCGAGGUUGAGGCAGGUGGAGAUCCAAGGACUGUGGUGAAAUUGGUGAAUGCUCCGGCACAACAGGAGACCGUUGGAGAAGUAGGUGAAAGGCCAGUCACACCUGUGAAGGUUGUUGGUGGGGAGUUGGCAGGGAAAGGGAAGAGUCUCGGAGACUUGUGGAAGUUGGAUGAGACUUCGGCAAUGCUGUGUUUGUUUUGUGAGGAGGACACCAUGCAAGCCAAUAGACAUGGGAGGCUGAAGAUGUGGGGGAAGAGCCUGAAGAGGGAGAAGUAUGAGUGGGUGGUGUCGAAGCUAAUCGAGCGUGGAUUUAGAACCAGACUGGUUGGGGAGUGCUUUGAGGCUCUACAAGCCAACAAAGUAUUGUGGCCCGUGCGACAAGAUGGUGAACUCCAUCGAUGUGCUUGGAGGGGAUAUAAAAGCUUCACAUCUGAUGGGCUAUCCUGAAGAGGACAGAGAUGUAGGAAACGACGAUGGGAGUGACUGGGUGACUUGAUAUUCGAUCCAAGAUAGGACAGAGAGAUAAAUGUUCUAAGAGUCU